GCGACAGAGGCGUGCCCGGGCCGCCGUACAGCGCGGGGCAUCCCACGUGGAGGGAGCCGGGCCGGGAUGGGGAAGCGGCGGAGCGGGCGGGAGCUGCUGCGCAACCUGAGCAAGAAACAGAAGAAGCACCUGCGGGAGUUCGGGGAGGAGCACCCGUUCUACGACAAGGUUUCUGGAAGACCAGAAGCAACUCAAAUAUGUGAACUGUAUGAGAAUUCUGAUAAAUCGAGUGCAGAAAGCGAUCAGAGACUGGAAGUGGAACAGGUGUCUGUAUAUCAUAAGCUGCUGGCUACCCUGAAGACCUCUCCUGAGUCUGAGAGUGAGGAAGAGGAAGAUGAAAGUGAAUCAGAAGAAGUGGGGAAACGUGAGGCAGUAAUGGACAGUGAAGGAUUCCAGGAGAGGGUAGAAGCAGAUGGAGGUGAAGAAGAUAAGAAUGAUGUACCAGAGGAGGAAGCAGGUAGCACAGCAGAGCAGACACUCGGCCAGGAGCAGGAUGAUGGCGCAGAUACCUCUGGUGACCCACGUCAUGGAGUAAUUGAGGAGUUUACUGAUGUGAAACACGAAUCUGAAUUUAGCUUGGAAACCAAUUAGGAAGAGGAGAGUGGAGAUUGCAAUGCAGAUACAAGAGACAGAAGUUCUUCACAAGCUUUUCCGAAGCACAUGGACAAAGAACUUGAAGAAAAGAAAUAGAGAAAAUGCUACCUUCCCAAAACUUCAAGUCAAAGCCAGUGGCCAAGACUGGGCCGACACUUUUCUUCCACUUUGGAGAAACAUAAAACUUUGAAAGCAGACAAAGAAGUUGAUGUGAAACAGCUUUAUCUCCACAAGCCUUUAGAGUCCACUUGGCCAAAAGUGAAUAAACAAUUUCUCUCCUCGGUGAACAAACCAAGCGAUUCCCCUUUUACCCCGUUGCAAAGAGACCUCUUCUGUAUCAUGAAUACAUACCGGGACUUGUUCUAUCCAGAAAGAAAUGCUUUAACAAAUGGAGAAGUCCGGCAUGCUUACUGCCUGCAUGCCUUGAACCAUGUUCUGAAGGCAAAUGCCCAGGUGCUCAGCAACAAUGCCAAGCGAAGAGACCGAAAGCCAGGGUCUGACACAGAUGACUACAGGGAUCAGGCCACUAGGCCUAAGGUGCUGAUUAUAGUGCCCUUCAGGGAAUGUGCUCUGCGAAUUGUGCAUAUUUUCAUCAAUCUUCUUGAAGUGAAUGACAAAAAAAAAAUAGAUGUAAGUAAUAAAAAGCGCUUCAAAGGGGAGUUUGGCUCUGACCCGGAAGAGAAGCCCCCCAACCUGAAAAGACCUGAAGAUUAUGAAGCCGUCUUUGCUGGCAACAUUGAUGACCACUUCAGAAUUGGGGUUGCAAUUCUCCAGAAGAGUAUGAGGCUGUAUGCACCAUUUUACUCAUCAGACAUCAUCAUUGCCUCUCCCCUGGGGAUGAGGACUGUUAUUGGCGCAGAGGGGAAGAAGAGAGAUUUUGAUUUUCUGUCGUCAAUAGAAAUUCUCAUAAUUGAUCAAGCAGAUAUUUACCUGAUGCAGAACUGGGAACACGUUCUGCACCUGAUGAAGCACAUUAACCUGCUGCCUCUGGAUUCCCACGGGGUAGACUUUUCCCGAGUGCGAAUGCUGAACCUCAACAACUGGUCCAAAUACUACCGGCAGACGCUGCUGUUCAGUGCCCUUCAGGACCCCCAGAUCAACUCUGUCUUCAACAAACACUGCUUCAAUUACGUUGGGCAGGUGGCCGUCCGCAAUGUGCCGCUCGUUGGCUCCAUUAGCCACGUUGUGGUCCAACUUCCGCAUGUUUUUCGGAGAUUAGAAGCUGAAAGUGUAACUUCUGUAAUAGAUGCAAGGUUUCAGUUUUUCAUCGACAAAGUCUUGCCCGAGUACCGCGAUGCCAUCAUGUCACACACGCUCAUUUACGUCCCGUCAUACUUUGACUACGUCCGUCUUCGAAAUUACUUCAAGAAAGAGGACCUGAAUUUUACUCACAUUUGUGAAUACACUAAAAAGGCUGCUGUCUGCAGAGCAAGGCGGUUCUUUCUCAAGGGAGAGAAGCAGUUUUUAUUGUUCACUGAGCGCUUCCACUUUUACAAAAGGUAUACAAUAAAAGGCAUUAGGAACCUCAUUUUCUAUGAGCUACCAACAUACUCCCACUUCUACAGUGAGAUUUGUAACAUGAUGAAGGCCACAGACAAUGGAGUGGAUGCUACUUGGACUUGUACUGUGCUCUACUCCAAGUAUGAUGCUCAGAAAUUGGCUGCAGUGGUUGGCAUAGAUCGCACAGCUCAGAUGCUACAGUCCAAGAAAAACGUGCACCUCUUUGUUACAGGAGAAAAUGAAUAACUCAUACUACACACUGGACAAUUGGAUGGGCCUGCAUUUUACUCCUAAUGCAGUUUUUUAUAUUGCUUUUUUUUAAAAGUGUUAAACUUUUUACUCCCUUUUAUUAAAUAUUCUGUUGAAAUUGUUCACAUAGUAUUAAAUUUUGUAUUUCAGUACUCUGCAACAACAAAAACGAAGGAUGGAAUUCAAAAAGCAGGGGCUAGGAAGUACUCUCUGUAUAGAAACAAAAUCAGUCCAGAACUAUUCUUCUUGUAUAUUAAAAAACUCACUGAUCAAUAAAGAAUCAUGCUGCGAUAAAUAAG